UUAUUUUUCUUUUACGGAUUUAUUAAAAUAUGGAAUAAUUGUAUUGAAAUGUAGUUAGAUAUUUUAUUGAAGCAGAAGCAACAUAUGUCACUUCAGUAUUGGUGGAAUUACAGUUUGAUUUAGCAAAACGCGCAUGUUCGCUAAAUAUUUGUUUUAUCAUCUGUGGACUGACGUGUUGCCGAGCCGAGGCCUGAGAGAAUUCGAUUCGAUCAAUCUGCUCGUUUUACAUCGAAUACAGCUAGAAUACUUAAUAAUUAAUGAUCCGUUUAUAAAAUACAAUACAAAGUAGUGUAGUAUUUUCAUUUGGAAGUCUUCUUUUAAUACAGUUCUUAAGUAUAUGCUUGUACAAGGUAGUUACCGGUAGAAUAAUGCGAAAGAUUAUGAACGUCACCUUUUUUCAUUUGUUAAGUUUAUUUAUUUUACUUUAUAUGUUCGAUUACGCGGUUUCUCACAAAGCGCCUACGAGCGACGAGUUGAAAGCUCAAAAAUUUCCACCGUGCGCUGCUUGUAAAGUUUUAAUAAAUAGUUUUAAGAAGGGGAUAGAAAGAACCAGCCGUGAGAAAUUCGACGGUGGUGAUAGCGCAUGGGAGGAAGACAAAUUAGGAUCAUACUCAAAGAGCGAAACCAGACUAAUCGAGAUACAAGAACAUUUAUGUAAAGAGGUAGAACGUGGUGAAACCCAAUGCCACUCCCUGGCUGAAGAAUUAGAGAGUAAAAUAGAAGAUUGGUGGUUCAAUCAUCAGAAAACACACCCAGAUAUUUAUGAAUAUAUCUGUAUUGAACAGACAGAACACUGUUGCCCGAAAGACCACUUUGGUCCUAAAUGCACUCCAUGCCCAGGCUUCCCAGAUAACAUUUGUAAUGGCAAUGGUAAAUGCAAAGGAGCAGGGACUAGAAAAGGGAAUGGGGGAUGUCACUGUGAUAAAGGGUAUGAAGGAGAUACUUGCUCCACGUGUGCAAGUGGAUUUUAUGAAUCUUAUAAGGAUGAGAAGAAGCUACUUUGCUCUUCAUGUCAUGCUGCUUGCGAUGGUCCUUGCAAAGGACCUGGACCAAAGAGUUGUGAGAAGUGUAAGGAAGGGUGGCAAAUGUUGAGCGAUCAAGGGUGCUUGGAUAUUGAUGAAUGUGUUAACAGUGAUGAACACUGCCCUGGGAACCAGUUUUGUAUUAAUAAAGAAGGAGGACAUGUUUGUUUGAGUUGUGAUAAAGCUUGUGAUGGCUGUACUGGGGAUGGGCCUGAUAUGUGUUUGAAAUGUGCAAAAGGAUUCCACAAAAGGGACAAUUUAUGUAUUAACUCUGAUAUUCUGGGUCGUAAGCAGCAAGAGAAUAUCACAAGAUAUGCUACGUAUUUUGGCUUAUGUAUAGCUACGUGUAUCAUCUUCCAAAAGAAUAUUUAUGUAGCAAGUGUAAUUGGAUUAUUAGUUGGUGUAUACAUAUCAGUUUCAGAGUACAUGAUAGCUCAUAGCAAUGUGCAAGAUACGAUGGCUAAUGUGGAUUUUCUAGGAGCCUCGUAAAUGUAUGAUCUGUACUCCUACUACUACUACUACUUUAUUAAGUUAUUAAAUGUCUUUAAAGUAAAAUGAAUUGUAAUAUUUUAA